AUGGGUUCCCCUCUGUCUUCCUUCCUGGCUGACCGUUUUCUCGAGAAGCUUGAGGCCUACAUAAUGAUAAGGUGGAGAAUAAUAGUGCGCUGGUACAGAUACGUGGAUGAUAUAUUCGUCAUCCUAGACGGCAUUCCUGAUGAUGCCCAUGCUUUGUUGUACUUCAUCAACACAUUGCACCCGAGGAUAAAAUUCACUCUCGAGUUGGAAGUCAACAGAUCCAUAAACUUUCUCGAUCUCACUAUCUCCAGAUCCGAAGAUAGCUCCUUGACUUUCGAGAUAUAUAGAAAAAAGACACAAACGGAUCACAUAAUACCAGCACAAUCGUGCCACCCCAGAAGCCACAAGAUGGCAGCCUUGCGUUGCUACGUUCAUAGAGCCCUCAACUUCCCUUUAUCUCAAGCUAACAGAGAGAAAGAACUCAAUAUAAUUAAACAAAUCGCAUUGAACAAUGGUUAUGACCCAGAGGUAGUUGAUAUGAUCAAAAAUAACGUAAUAAAUAAGCAGAGAAGAGCUUUAGCAUACAGUUCAGAUGUUAUGGACAACUUGAAAUACUACUCUCUACCAUACAUGGGCCACCUGUCAGAGGCAAUAUCUCACGUCCUCGAGCGUUCUGUUGACGGGUAUAGGAUCUCCUAUUCUGGUGUGCGUUCGCUGGGCUCCUUAUUAGUGAACUCAAAGGAUAAUGUCAAAAAACUGGACCGAAGUGGCGUAUAUAAACUUAAGUGUGGUGAUUGUGACACAUCGUAUGUGGGCCAGACUAGGAGGAGGCUAUCCACUAGAAUAAAGGAACAUCUGAGUAGACCCCAACUAUCAACAUUUGGCCAUCAUCUCGCAUUCUAUCGACACCAGUUCAGCCCAAAUCGGAACUCUGAGGUUCUACACAACAUUACGGGCAAUAAGUACAACAUCAAGAUGAACCUGUUUGAAGAUCUUGAGAUCAGCCGAGAAAUGCGGUCCAACAAUAAAUGCGUGAAUACACAAGUGAACCUCAAUAACACCUUCACCCCGUUGUUCAAGAGGCUACUCCCAUGA